AUAAACAACGCUCAGACCUGGUCCAGUCAUGGUGUACCAGUGUAUGGCCCGUCCAAACAGCUGAGGGGAACUCUCUAACGGCCCAAUACUUACCCGGGCCGUCCUUUCGGCAUGAUCUUCCAAUAUAUGUGCACUAGUGGUUCGCUUCUUUUCCUUACCAGCGAGGAACUUCGCGCGUAGCUCGCGAAACCUUCCUUUAAAAGCGUCGUGCGCUCGUUUGCGCCAGAACUAAGGUGUUUGCUGAGAUAUGCAACUUGGGGCCACAAAAUCCAGGCUCUCACCAUGCUCAACGGACACAAUAUCCGCUAAUGAAGCUCUUGACUAGUGUUACGAGGAGCUAGAUGCGGGAAUAACCUCAUUAAAAUCCAAGUCAGAUUAAGCAGAGGUUCCUCGCUUGCGCUCUAAUCUUCACCAUGGCGCGCUGGCUAAUGCUGCUCUCUGCGCUGUGUCUGCUAGCUCAUACAAGUGCUCAUUCACUCACGCGAUUAGCUGCUCAUUCACGCCCGCAAUUAACUGUUCGCUCCCAGACAGACACGGCAACGACCUUGUCAAGAAACACAACUAUCACAGACCCUGCAAGCUACGUCAAUGUUUUCAUCGGCACAACCAACGGAGGACAUGUUUUCCCCGGUGCCACUCUUCCGCACGGAAUGGUGAAAGUUGGACUCGACACUGAUUCUCCAGGAAACCAAGCAGGUUAUGAUGCCAAUUCCACUUUCAAUGCGACAGGCUUCUCGCAGCUGCACGAUUCAGGAACUGGUGGUGGUUCAUCGCUUUCCAACUUUAAGCUCUGGCCUCUGCCUGAAUGCGAGUCGUUCGCAUCAUGCAAUACGUCUAUGUCCGUCAGAAAAACGUUGCGCAAAGUCCUCCCUGAUGGUUCUCCCGACGAUGCUGGCUCACCUGGUUACUUCGCAACGAAUCUUUCUACUGGAGUGCGAGUGGAGUUGACUGCUUCACGUCGCGCUGCACUUCACCGUUACACAUUCCCGCCGUCGUCACGUGAACCCCGCAUUGUUGUGGACAUCACGAAUGACGGCCUGAUCAGCAAUACAGAACCAGUUGUGAACGUAAACACUACUACUGGGCGCAUCACUGGUGGAGCCAGGUUCGCUUCGUCGUUCGGCCCUGGAAGGUACAAUGUCUACACUUGCGUAGAUUUCAAAGGCGACGGCUAUGACUUUCAGGCACCCGCUGAAUAUGGCGUUUGGCUGGGGAACGCCCCUGGUGCCUUGCUGACUUUCCCGCCCUCAUCCAAUUCGAUUGAUACGACCAUCCUCGCACGUGUCGGUGUUUCCUUCAUUUCUUCCGACCAGGCCUGUGCAAAUGCUGAGUCAGAAAUCCCGGACUUCGACUUCGAUGGAACCGUUGCAACAGCGCGAGAAACAUGGAACGAACUUCUAUCCAGGAUCCAAGUCGAUACUCAAGGCGUGGACAAGGAAUUUACCGAACUAUUCUACUCAUCACUUUACAGGACGCACAUUUCUCCCGCUGAUUACACUGGCGAAAACCCCAACUGGAAUUCCGCCGAACCUUACUAUGAUUCCUUUUACUGCAAUUGGGAUACUUACCGCACAAUGUAUCCCCUAAUGUCGCUUCAUGAUCCGGAGGUGUUCGCCCGCAUCGUUCGUGGAAUGAUAAAUAUUCAAAAGCAUGAAGGUUGGUUGCCUGAGUGCCGCGGCGCCACUCUUCAGCAGUACAUCCAAGGUGGAAGCAACGGCGACCCUAUUCUCGGAGAGUUCUUUGUCAAAUUUUAUGAACAUGCCAGCGCGCUGAAUGUCUCAGCCGACGACCUGUAUACUGCCCUUCUUGCUGAUGCAGAAGACCAACCACCCAACUGGAAUCUCCAAGGAAGACAGGCGACCGUCUGGAAACAGUACAGUUUUAUCCCUUCCAACAUCUAUGCAUCGGGAGGUGCCGCCACCAAGCAGGUCUCGCGUACACUAGAGUACUCGUUCAACGACUUCUCCAUCUCACAAGUCGCAAAGAUUCUCAACAAAACGGAUGAUGUAGCCAAGUACCAAGCUCGGGCGGGAAACUUCAUUAAUGUCUGGAAUGAGAGGGUUACUCUUCCCGAGUAUCCCUCAAUCAAGGGCAUGAUGCAGGCAAGUCACUCCCCCAUGACUCCUCGCUUCGUAGAUGGGGAGUGGAGUUACACCGACCCUCGCCAUUGCAGCGUGAACGACCCUCUCCACUCAACCUGUUAUCUCGACGCUACAAACCGCGAUGGCUUCUACGAGUCAUCUCCCAUGGUGUACGUUCCUCAAGACACAGCGAAGUUGAUCUUGUUGCAGGGAGGCAAUGAGUCCUUCAUAGACCGGCUUAACUUGAUCUUCGACCAGCACUACUUCGAUGUCACAGACGAGCCAUCUCAGCAAAUUCCUUUCAUGUACCACUAUGCUGAUCGGCCUGGCCUGAGCACCCAACGUUCCCGCAUGAUAAUUGCCGAGUCUUACAACACCACGGUCAACGGUCUUCCUGGCAACGAUGAUUCCGGUGCUAUGGCCAGUUACGCUGUUUUCUACCUCAUGGGGAUGUACCCCCUUCCCGCAACCCGCCAAAUCCUUCUCGCUUCGCCCUAUUUCCCGAAGGUCUCUUUCUAUAACCCAGUUUUCAAUACCACGACCACUAUCAUCGCCAAUAAUUUCAGUGGCAACCCUCAAGAUGGCAAGGGCGGAACUGUCUUCGUCAAGAGCGUGACUAUCGAUGGCCAACCAUGGCAUUCAAACUGUUAUCUAGACUGGGAUGUAUUCGUCAAGGGCUCUACCGUUGAGCUUGAGCUCACGAGCGACAUUGAUACCACUUGCGGAGAGGGCCCUGACGCUCUGCCUCCUUCCCUUUCGACUGGUGGAUAUAGCGGACCAAUCUAGAAAGAAAAAUGUCUCGUUUUGAGACCAACUGUUGGAUAUUCUCAAAUUGAGUAAGAUAGGCAGCGUUCAUAUAUUAGCUCACCACAAGACCUAGCUUAAUACUGAAUUUACCUCUAACUCGCUGUACAUGAAGUCCAGCCGGAUCUGUUUUCCGCUUAUGUGUGCAGUGUCCU